CCGGAAGUGUAACUUGUCUGUUCAAAACUUGAAUUAACAAACCAUCUUUAAGCUCCCUAUAAUUCAUGUGACUUUGAGCUUCAUCUGCAAUACUAUUCAAGCUUGGGUAGAUAGACCUGUGAUAGAACUUUAUGACAGUAUUGAUGACAACAUCAGCACACUCAUCAGCUUGACGUUAGCAUCAUGACAGAACCACAAAUAUGAGUCAUUUACACAUUUUAGUUUUACUGCUGCUAUACACUAAUCUAGCCGAGUCGUACUUUUAUCCUAUAAGCUGCGAAAAGUGCGGCGAGAAAGAAGAAUCGCUUUUCAGUCAUACAGAACAUGCCAGCGACCUCGUUGGUUUGAUGGUCAAUAGUAUUUUGAUUCCAAUCAGCCACGGAUUAUGCAACUUGUGGGUCAAUUUUGUGGAGGUUUAUGACUGUAUCACCAGCCAAUACGCUGCAACUGAACCAGAGGUAGAACAGCCAAGUUCUAUAACGCAAUGGAUGAUGACAUGGUUAGGAUUCGUAGAAAAAGAAGAAACUAUGGAAAAAUGCUCAUACCACUCAAUAACAAUUGUUGUUGGCUCCCUUCUAUUGAUGGCCAGCAUCGCUUUCUCUACGAAAAAGAUGGUGGAUUACCUUAGAGAAGAGCCGUGUCUCGAUGUACAGCCUAGAGGUAGUUUUAACAAGAAAUUCAAUAUAUGUAAUUGUAAAUUAAAUGAUGCUGUGUAUGCCUGAGAUUGAGUUUAUAUUCGUAAUUUGUAUGUCUGAGCAGUCCGUAGGUCCUCUGGCCGUUAUUACGGAUGUGCCAGCUCAGGUUGCGUAAAGCAGGACGGUUAGACAAGAAGUGACAAGAUUUCCUCACACAUGGAUGCAGUAGAAAUAUAAUAUGCUGAUACAGAGGAUGUUAACAUGUGAACUUCAAGGCGCGAGAUAAGAUUCCAUAGCGUAGCGACAAUGCUAGCAAGAAAUACA